AUUUAAAGCAUAUCACAAUCCUUGAAAAAUGGCCCAUUACAAUUGUAAACAACACAAAUUUCUUCUUAUAAGUCUGUAAAAACUAAAUUAUAUAUUUUCCAAAAAUUUAAGGCACAAUUUUGUAAUGGGCGAUGGCGGCUACAAACCUUAUGAUAACCGCAAUAUGGAGAAGCCACUAUCAAAUUGUGAAGCUUUCAUGACCCUACUCAAGUGCGUUAUUGGCACUGGCAUUUUAUCCAUGCCCCUGGCCUUUAAGUAUUCUGGCACUGUUGGUGGCGUAGUGAUGACAAUUCUCUGUACUGCCCUAGUAAUUUACGGAAUGCAACUACUGAUAAAGUGUAUGGUUGAAUCCAGCCGUCGCAAUAAGGUAGGCUAUAUGAAUUUCCCAGAUACAAUGGUGUUUUCCUUUAGUGUGGGCCCAAAGUGCUGUCGUUACAUAUCCGAGGGAGUCGGCUGCUUGGUGGAUAUUAUUUUGUGUAUCGCUCACUAUGGUUACAACGUAGUGUAUCACGUAUUCGUUGCCAUACAUUUCAAGGAACUUUCAGACAUUUAUAUAACUAGCUCCGACUUAAGAGUUGUUUGUGCUAUAGUUGGGCUUUUGUGCUUGCCCCUGUUUCUUGUGCGUCAGCUGAAGUAUCUUGUGCCCUUCUCGAUAAUUGCAAAUGUAUUGAUCUACUUAAGCCUCUGCGCCAUUUGCUAUUAUAUGAUUAAAGGCUUGCCCAGCCUUGGUGAAAAGCGUAUGCUGCCCUUAAAUGCUUUAGAUGUCCCCAUAUUCGUGGGAAUCGUUAUGUUUGCCACGUCGUCAGUCGGUGUGAUGCUGGCUGUUGAAGCCAAAAUGGCUAAGCCUGCCCUUUACUUGGGCUGGCACGGUAUUUUGAGCUUGUGUGCUCUCUUCGUUUGCAUCACGAAUAUAAUUUUCGGAUUUCUUGGCUACUGGCGUUAUGGUGAUAACAUAGCCGCUAGUGUCACCAUUAAUCUGCCCGCUCAGGAUAUCAUCGCGCAGCUUACUAAGUUGGGCAUUGCAUUUGCUGUCUAUUUUACCUAUCCUCUGAGUGGCUAUGUUCCCAUAGAGAUCAUCAUAAACCAUUAUCUGAAUAAAAAUAACCAACUGAAGCAUCCCCAUAUGAUUGAAUACAUACUCCGCAUUGCUUUCGUAAUUUUAGUUACAUUGAAUGCCAUUGCCUUUCCGAAUUUAGGUCCACUUGUGGCGUUGGUUGGUGCUUUCUCUAUAUCCCUACUAAAUCUAAUAUUCCCAUGCUGUAUAGAAAUCUGCCUUUUAUAUCACGAUUCGUAUGGAAGACUUAGGUGGAAAUUAUUCAAGAAUAUACUUAUGAUCAUAUUUGGGACUUUUGUCCUUUGUUAUGGCAGCUAUGGGGCUAUUAGGGAUAUGAUUCAAGAUUAUAGUUGCAAAUGAGAAGCGAAAACAAGAAUUGAUCGUUAUCAUUCGUCGUGGAUUGUGUAUAUGUGAUGUUAAUGGGCACGAAAACUAAGAAACUGGGUGCUGAUCACUGUGCUUCUGAUCUCAACCUUUCUCAUAUGCGAUCUUAAGUAUCUGGUACCAUUUUCCAUUAUCUCAAAUGUGUUAAUGCUCAUCAUCUGUCGAAGCGAACAGAUAUACAACGUUCAUCUAUGUAUCCCCUGUUAUUUGGCGCAAUUCUGUUUUCAAUCGACUCGCUGGGUUUGAUCCUUGGAAAAGUUUGGUGUGCUGAAUCGGGCCAUGAUAUUUUUGGCUUUUUAGGCUGUUGGCAGUACGGGGAUGAGACUUCUAGUUCUAUUAUCAACAAUCUGCCCUCCGAUGAAUCGUACUGCCUUUACUGCAAGCAAUACAUAAUUGUCUAAUCAUUUCAUGUCAAUGUACAACAGCCUUGUUCACAAUACCCAGAUUUUUUAGCUAUACGCUGCAGGGCUACGUAACAACUGAGAUAAUUUGGCGCAGCUAUAUGACGCCUAGACUUAUGGCGAAUACCAAGAAAUCGGCGGAGUAUCUAUUGCGUAUGGCCAUGGUAGUUGCCUCCGUUUUUUGCGCCAUUGCAUAUUACAAUUUGGGUCUACUGCUCUCCUUUAUGGGCUCCUUUUGUCUGGCUCACCUGAGCUAUAUUUAUCCAGUAGCAGACAUAACAGACAAAUAUGACAAUCGUAUCUUUUUAAGCUUUUCACAGAACGAUAGUUUUGUAUAUUCCAAAAUGUAUAAAAUGAUUACAAAAAUGUUAUAAUAUAAAAACCAGUUUGAAUUGCUGGAAAUUGUCUUCAAA